GUCUGCCAGCCUUCCCGCUAUCCAGCAUCCACAGCAUCCAGCCCCGCGGCUUCGGGCCCUGGACCCAGACUCCCAAGGCAAACCGGGUCCCUGGUGCUUGGCGGCAGCUUCUCCUCCUCCGGUCACUGCCGUCAGAUCGGCUUGCUGCCUGCCGCCAUUAUGAACAUCCGCAAUGCUCGGCCAGACGACCUGAUGAACAUGCAACACUGCAACCUCCUCUGCCUUCCCGAGAACUACCAGAUGAAAUACUAUUUCUACCAUGGCCUUUCCUGGCCCCAGCUCUCCUACAUCGCUGAGGCCGAGGACGGGAAGAUGGUGGGUUACGUCCUGGCCAAAAUGGAGGAGGACCCAGAUGACGUCCCCCACGGACAUAUCACCUCGCUUGCCGUGAAGCGUUCACACCGGCGCCUCGGCCUGGCCCAAAAGCUGAUGGACCAGGCCUCCCGGGCCAUGAUAGAGAACUUUAGUGCCAAGUACGUGUCCCUGCAUGUCAGGAAGAGUAACCGGGCAGCCCUGCACCUCUAUUCUAACACCCUCAACUUUCAGAUUAGUGAGGUGGAACCCAAAUAUUACGCAGAUGGAGAAGAUGCUUACGCUAUGAAGCGGGAUCUCUCGCAGAUGGCAGAUGAGCUGAGGAGGCAGCUGGAGCUGAAGGGGAAGGGCAGGUACUUGGUGCCGGGCUCCGGGAAGAACCAGGAGACCCAGGGCAGCAUACUUCCUGGUUCCAAAGAGGCCUGUUGGGAGGAGAAGAACGCGGCUGCUGACGACAGUGGCACUGACAGCAAGGAACCCAGUGAGUCCACGGAAAGCACGUACGUCCAGGACAGCUCAGAAGACUCAGAUUCCACCUCCUAGAACCUGCUUAAGCACUGCAGGUCCUCGUGUCUCGGCCAUGCCUGCCCUCUGAGCCCUGGCUUAGCCUGUGUCUGCUCUGCUGCAUCUGCUCUGGGGUCAUCUCACAGUGACGCCAGUGGCUUCUCACU